GGGACAAAUCUCAGGCCUUCCAGUUCUUCCAAGGGCUAGGCAGAUCUGAUCGGCUACUGCCUCCUUUGGUCCUGUUUUUGGCCUGCAACUCAUGCCCAAAUCCAGGCUCAGAUUUCUCUGUGUCAGCCCUGCCCAUGGAGGGCAGCUGUUCAUUCCUUUCUUGUCCUGUCACUCCCGAAGCAUUUACAUCUUGAGACCCAAGAGGAAAAUUGAAAUUAUCCUUGGCAAAUCUCUAAAAGAUGUUGGGGAGAAUGGAAGAGAGCUGAGUUUGGGACAGUUUGGGAAAGAUACAAUUAACAGGAAUACCUCCUCUCUUUUAGAAAUAUGACAGAAAAAGAGAUUAUUGAGCCAUCCGCUUCCCCCAUAUCUAUAAGGGGGAAAUCUCCAGAAGGGUUGCAGAAGCUAAAGCAGUUUUUCCAACGCAAGCCCAUGGAGGAGGAGCCUACCUCAGAGGAGCCACAAGCCAACGGGGAGCUGGUCACCUCUUCCGGGGGAACCAUCUACUACUAUGAGGAAGUGGAGGAGGACGAGGAAGAGCCUGAGGCACCACCUGAGCCGGAAAAACCAGUUAACGAUAAACCUCACAAAUUCAAGGAUCACUACUUCAAGAAACCUAAGUUUUGUGAUGUCUGUGCCCGCAUGAUUGUCCUCAACAACAAAUAUGGCUUGAAAUGCAAGAACUGCAAAACUCACAUUCAUCAUCAUUGCCAAAGUUAUGUGGAAUUUCAGCGCUGUUUUGGCAAGAUACCUCCAGGUUUCCGCCGUGCUUACAGCUCUCCAUUGUACAGUGCCCAACAACUCUCAAGUGCUAGCCGAAAUGAUCCUGUCUUUGAUACCCUACGGUCAGGUGUGAUCAUGGCAAACAAGGAGCGCAAGAAAGGGCAGGAUAACAAAAAAAACCCUUUGGCUGCCAUGAUGGAAGAAGAAACAGAAGCCCCCAAACCAGAAAGUGACAAACCAGAGGGAGGAAAACCAGAAGGACAGAAAGCAGAGAAGAAUGCCCCAGAUGACAAGAGUAAGAAGCAGCAAACUGGGUUCCCACAGUCUCACUACUUUAUUGCACUUUAUCGCUUCAAAGCCUUGGAGAAGGAUGACUUGGAUUUCCACCCUGGGGACAAAGUUGCAAUUGUUGACGACUCCAAUGAAGAAUGGUGGCGGGGGAAGAAAAUUGGGGAGAUUGGAGAAAAAAUUGGAUACUUUCCGCCAAACUUCAUUAUUCGAGUGCGUGCAGGAGAACGUGUGCAUAAGGUCAUGAGGUCCUUUGUGGGCAACAAAGAAAUUGGUCAGAUUACAUUAAAAAAGGAUCAGAUUGUAGUACAGAAAGGAGAGGAGUUGAAUGGGUAUGUCAAAGUCUACACUGGCCGCAAAGUGGGACUCUUUCCCGCGGACUUCUUGCAGGAGAUCUGAGGUCCAACCCUGGGAUUCACAAGGAUUUCAUAACCAAGGCCAGAGAAGGCCAGAGUGAUUGAGUGUUCGUUACCAGCUGCCAAUGCCUCUCUGCAAGGAAGCUGAGUUUCUGCAAGUCUGCGGUCCAAGAGCUAAGACAUCACAAGAAGGCCUGUAUCAUCAGUGAGUCAGGAUUCAAGGCAAAAAGCUUACCUAUCUGCCACUGGAGAGGUCUCAGUGCUUCUCUUGAACUCUGCACUUUGCUGCUGGCAGAUUCCGGAAUGGGUUCAGCCAUUGUCUCUUUAUGAUCUUGUCGUGAAGGUGCUGGGAUGCGGCCAAAGCUGCUCUACAUCUUAUCUGCGAAGAAAGUGAUUGGACAGAUUGAUUGACAGAAUUGACAAACGGCAAGAGUUACUGCUGCCACCCCCUGUAGGUGGCACUAACAUGCGCAUGCAUUUACUUCAGGAUAUGGCUGUCCCUUUGCUGGCAGAGGGGGAGCUUGGCUCCUAGUUUACUUGGAUGGCUUAGAUACAGUUAUGUUUUGCCAAUAUCUGUUACCCUUUUCUAUCCCUCACUUGCCUAGCUGUGCUGAUGCAAAGCAGCAAGUUUCUGGAUUAAUAGAGAAUAUUUGUAGCUCAGGAUUGAUAUGAGGGGUCCUUGGUGCUCUCUAAGCUUGGGGUGUUUUUUUUUUGGUUUUGUUUUUUUGCAGACAUUUGAUUACCUAAACUAGGUAACAUCAUCAGUUGAAGCACUGGUGAUGUUACCUAGUUUGGGUAAUGAAACAUUUGCAAGAAAAUAAACCAGCUGAGAGAGCUUCAAGGACCCCUCAUUUUCUGUAUUUGCUGUCAAUUGCUGGGAGGCUAUGAAAUUGUUCUGCUCCUUUAAAUUGAACUUAUAUUUAUAUUACUUUUGUUAUCCUCUUCCACUUGUUUUGGUGCCUUCAAGCUAUUGUUGAUGCCUGACAACUGCCUGGUCUACUCCCUGUAUUUUUGUUAGCAAGGUUUUUCAGAAGUAGCUUGCCCUUGCUUGCCUCCUAUGGCGGAAGGAAAAAGAGUCACUGGCCCAAAGUCACUCAUCUGGCUUUGUGCCUAAAGUGGGACUAAAACUCACAGCCUCCUGGUUUUUAGCCCAGAGGUCUUCAAACUUGGCAGCUUUAAGACUUGUGGACUUCAACUCCCAGAAUUCUCCAGCCAGCAUAGCUGGCUGGAGCCAGCAUAGCAUAGCAUAGCUAUAGCAUAGCAUAGCAUAUAGCAUAGCAUAGCAUAUAGCAUAUAGCAUAUAGCAUAUAGCAGAUAGCAGAUAGCAGAUAGCAGAUAGCAGAUAGCAGAUAGCAUAUAGCAUAUAGCAGAUAGCAGAUAGCAUAUAGCAUAUAGAAUAGCUGGCUGGAGAAUUCUGGGAGUUGAAGUCCACAAGUCUUAAAGCUACCAAGUUUGAAGACCUCUGUUUUAGCCUGAUGCUUUAACCAUUGCACCAAACUGGCUCUUGUCCUCUUCCACUACUUUCCUUCUAUUAUGAAAUUAUGGUUGGUCGCACAGUAGCCAGAUGUUUAGACUGCAUUUUGCAUUAUUGUCCACCUAUUUCACCCUGCCCAAGGAUCUGGGAUAGGCAGAUGUAAUUGUUUAAUAAUAUUAAGGGUAUUGUUGCAAUAUUUGCAAUGGAUGGUGAUUUGGUUAAUGCUGAUGUCAUUCAAGCUCCAGACAUUUUGGAAUUACUCCAAAGGAGCCUGUAAUUAUUGUUACUAUCUUUGCUUUCUUUUUUUUGCUGUAGUUGUUCUACUUUUAUUUUUUGUGAUUUUUUUCUCUAGUUCUUUCUCUUCUAUUCUGCGGUCUCCAGGUACUGCAAUAUAGCAAUAGCACUUAGACUUACAUACCGCUUCAUAGUGCUUUUACAGCCCUCUCUAAGCGGUUUACAGAGUCAGCCUAUUGCCCCCAACAAUCUGGGUCCUCAUUUUACCCACCUCGGAAGGAUGGAAGGCUGAGUCAACCUUGAGCCUGGUGAGAUUCGAUCUGCCAAACUGCUCGCAGCCAGUGAUCAGCAGAAGUAGCCUGCAGUACUGCACUCUAACCACUGCGCCACCAUGGCUCAAUAUCCACUAUCUUUUUUUGUCAUUAUUUAUUUUGCACUGUCCCCCUCUAUACUCUCUUCUUCCUCUAGUUAAUGGCAGAGAUCUGAUGUGCUACAUGUUUUUAUUUUAAGCGGCAUUUCUGCUGCCAUGCCUUUGUUUGUUAAUACAAUAUGACCAUGCAAAGUUCGUAAGAGCUCCAUAAAGUGGGGAAACUACUUGGUUAUCAAAAGGGCGCUGACUGAUCUGUAUAUCGCUCCCAGGAUUUUGAUGCAAAACAGAAAGAGGUCUAAACUCAAACUUCAACUGGAACGGACAGAUCUUUAGUAAAGGGAGAGACAUGAACAUAACAUUUCAUUGGGUUGUAUUUUUAAUGUUUGAAACUGCCUUCCUGAAUACAUGUGUCUCAUCAGGGACUGGAGAAAAAGCUCUUUCCCCUCUUUUCUCCAGAUCACUGGAGGCAAUUAUUCAGGAGGCCCUAUAAAUCAGGCUAGGCAAUUGGUUGCUUUCCAGGCAUUUUGGAUUACAAUUGAACUAUCAUAAAGACAACAUGGUCAAUAGCAAGGAAUUAUAGCUAGAUACCUAUCAAGUGAUGCAAUUUUAGUGUCCAGAUAGUGUGUAUAUUCAGUUAAUGAUAGCUACAGCUCUUUAUCCCAUCAGUUUACUCUGCCUGUUCAUACCUUGCAGAGUAAUUCAUACAUGUUAUUGUGCAGAAUUCUCAAAUGCUAGGAGUUCCUUGUUACACGGAGGCACUCGUGUUUAUUUUCACAAAAAGUCAAGCUCAAUAAAUUUGUGCUGACACGCUC